UGUCAUUAGUUCUAUGGACAUUCUCCAUUUUCACGUCAUUCUUGCCACGUCUCCUAAGAGCGACCGACUCCUUCGGUGAUGUUUUUGUUGUUGUAACGGGGUCGCAAAUCAGAGCUGUGGUCUUCGUUCACGAUAUUAUUAUAAUUAGCAGCCAUGGUAUCGGUUAUAAGCAAUGUAGUAACGGGUCAUGAUGACAUGAUCCAUGAUGCCCAAAUGGAUUAUUAUGGAACCCGAUUAGCUACAUGUUCGUCUGACCGCUCUGUCAAAAUCUUUGAAGUUAAAGGUACAACUCAUACACUGAUAGCAGAUCUCAGGGAACAUGAAGGACCAGUAUGGCAGGUUGCAUGGGCACAUCCAGUUUUUGGUAACAUCUUGGCAUCAUGCAGCUAUGACCGGAAAGUGAUCAUAUGGCAAGAAGAUGGUCACAAAUGGAAAAAAAUAUAUGAAUAUGCUAAUCAUGAUUCUUCAGUGAAUAGUGUAUGCUGGGCACCACAUGAAUAUGGAAUGAUUUUGGCAUGUGCAUCUUCCGACGGCUCUGUUUCUGUCUUGUCUUAUGUUUCGGACACGUGGGAAUCCAAAAAGAUCACCAAUGCUCAUUCUAUUGGUUGCAAUGCUGUCAGCUGGGCUCCUGCAGUGGCAUCGGGUUCUGCUGACGGGUCCAAUAAUAGAACUGGAGGACCUGUUCAACGUCUGGUAACAGGUGGAUGUGAUACAUAUGUCAAGGUCUGGAGGUUAGAAGCUUCAGGAGAAUGGGUUGAGGAAUUCAAGCUAGAAGGCCAUUCUGAUUGGGUGCGUGAUGUUGCUUGGGCUCCGUCUAUUGGCCUCUCACGUUCUGUUAUUGCUUCAUGUUCCCAGGAUAGACGAGUUAUAAUUUGGGUGAACGAUAGUACAACGGGGGUAUGGCACCACAGAGAACUGAAUACUUUUGAUGACGUCAUUUGGCAUGUUAGCUGGUCUGUAACUGGAAACAUUUUAGCUGUCUCAGGUGGAGAUAAUAAGGUCAGCCUGUGGAAGGAAACUCUUGAAGGUGAAUGGGUAUGCUUGAACGACUCUGCUGCUGUUCAAAAUGCCGAACAACGUACUUUGUAAACAAUUUUCAUUGAUCAAAUUUCGUACUAUUUCUUUAGUGUUUUGUAUAAUUGAAGACUUCAGAUUUGUAAAAGAUGCCAGAAAGACCUUUAUUUUCUUGCUUGUUAUAUUUUCAGAUUUUAUUUUUUGUUUAGGAAUACCCUCAAGAAAUUAGAACAAAUAGCAGAAAUUUUUAGAGAACUCUAGUGAAAAUAGUUAGAUAUACUGUAUAUGAUUUUGGAGGCGAAAUAACAAUGCUUGGGUUGUAUAUUGUGAGUGAGAAAGACAUGGGAUUAGUAUAUGUACAGUAGACAUUUAAGAAUCAUCCUGGGCAUGUACAGUACUGUGUUAGGAUUCGUUAGCAUCUUUAUAUUAAAUUCAUUGUAACUGUGAACGGCUUGGUGAGAUCACUAGAGUAUAGUGUAGAUAACUAAGGUAUGAAGUGACUGUAAGGAUUUUCAUUAUUUGUUAAAUAAGAUAUUGGUUGCAUUUGUAUCUAUAUUCUUGUGCAUUUUAGUUUCAUUAUAAACAACAGCAAUUUUGUAUUUUCGAAUGAUGAAUAUUGUGGUAAACUUUAUAUAUUGCUUAGUUAAAUAAAUUAUAAAGAAAUUUGUACAUAA